ACGGAAUUCGUUUGGAAAGAGAUGACGAUUUAAUUUCGUAGCGUCAUAAUGGUUUUCGCUAUUGGUAACACUCUCCUAGAUUCGGUUUCCUUUUCCAUGUGGCAUGGUGUCGGCGUAAGUUGCCGAAUAAGCAACCACAAUGCCGCAGAACGAAUAUAUUGAGCGUCAUCAAAAGCUUUACGGUAGAAGGCUCGAUUAUGAGGAGCGGAAACGCAAGCGCGAGGCGCGUGAGCCUCACAAGCGUGCAGAGAAGGCUCGCAAACUGCGCGGCAUCAAGGCUAAGAUCUACAACAAGGAGCGCCGCAAUGAAAAGAUUCAGAUGAAAAAGAAGAUUAAAGCACAUGAGGAGAAGAAUGUUAAACAGAACACAGAGAAGGUGGCAGAGGGUGCACUGCCCGUGUACCUGCUUGACAGAGAUGUGCAGUCCCGAGCCAAGGUACUGUCUAACAUGAUCAAACAGAAACGUAAGGAGAAGGCUGGCAAAUGGGACGUACCUAUACCCAAAGUGAGAGCACAGGCUGACGCAGAGGUAUUCAAAGUACUGAAGUCCGGAAAGACUAAACGGAAAGCAUGGAAGCGUAUGGUCACCAAAGUUACAUUUGUAGGAGAGAAUUUCACACGUAAACCACCAAAGUUUGAAAGGUUCAUCAGGCCGAUGGCCCUACGUUUCAAGAAAGCCCAUGUCACGCACCCAGAGUUGAAGGCAACUUUCUGUUUGCCCAUCAUUGGAGUUAAGAAGAACCCCAGUUCCCAGAUGUACACGAGUCUGGGAGUCAUUACGAAGGGUACCGUCAUUGAGAUUAACAUUUCAGAACUUGGUCUGGUGACACAGGCUGGUAAAGUUGUGUGGGGUAAAUACGCACAAGUCACCAACAACCCAGAGAAUGAUGGCUGUAUAAAUGCUGUACUUUUAGUUUAAACUUAUUUUAUGAUAUUUUCAUUCUCCAGCUGACUACUACAUCAGCAUUUGUACUGAUUGGUACUUUUUCCGUCUUAUUGUGUUUUAAAUAUUCUGGAAUAAUUUGUAUCUGUAUGUUGACUAUGUUGUAACAUCUAGCCUGCUAAUAAAUACUGUGAAGCUUGA